CGACAUGAUUGGACUUUCUGCCUCGAUCAUGAGGAAUUAAUGGUAAAUUUCGAGGAAGUAUAUAUGCUGGUGAUCUUGAUUACCAUCUUUAGAGAACUUUUCUUUUCACUUUGAACAAAUUGUCAAUACUUUUGCCCCAAAUACACCUCCUUCUGGUCCUUACCACGUGCUUACCCCUCCAUCGUCAUCAUGCCUCCUCCAAGAGGAACUCCAAACCCCAUUGAAGGACCAGGCGACUACGAUGUCACGACCAUCGUCCACGACCACAGCUACCCCGCCAUCUCAAACCUCACCUCCAGCGCAACCCACGCUGGAAAAUCCGUCUUCAUCGCCGGCGCAUCUCGAGGCAUCGGUCUCGGAAUCUCCAUCUCCUUCGCUCAAGCAGGAGCUUCCCAAAUUGCCCUCGGCGCCCGCUCGAACCUGGAAUCCGCCAAGAAAGAAAUCCUGGCAGCUGCAGCAAAGGCCAAACGACCCGAACCAAAAGUCCUCUGUGUCAAGAUCGACAUCACGUCUCAAUCUAGCACCGAAGAAGCUGCUAAGCUUGUGGAGAAAGAAUUCGGGAAGCUGGAUAUCGUGGUCAAUAAUGCUGGCAUCUUCCCUGCGCCGGCUUUGGUAGCGGAUAGUGAUCCGAAGGCGUGGUGGGAGACGUGGAAUGUUAAUGUCAAUGGACCGUAUCUUGUUACCAGAGCCUUUUUGCCUUUGCUGUUGAAGGGAGGAGAUAAAACUAUCAUCACGACAGGGAGUGUGGGCGCGCAUUGUAUAAUGCCAACAUUGAGCGCGUAUCAGCCUACGAAACUGGCGGUGUUGAGGUUCAUGCAAUUCGUUGCGAAGGAGUACGAAGAUCAGGGCGUGGUGGCCUUUUGCAUUCAUCCUGGGAACGUCAUUACAGACAUUGUCGGCGGCGAAGAAGGGAUACGUCCUGAGUUGAGACCAAUUUUCACGGAAACUGCUGAUUUGCCAGGAGAUACUCUUACUUUCUUGACCAGGGAGAAGAGGGAUUGGCUUUCCGGACGAUAUAUCAACGUUACUUGGGACAUGCCGGAAUUGAUGGCAAAGGAGGCGGAGAUUGUGAAGGGAGACAAGCUCAAAGUAAAGUUUGACUUCUGAGAAGAUCAUAUUCCAAUUCGAUGUCGUUUUCGAGCUGUACAUUCGGGAAUCUGUGCCGGCCUUUUGAACUAUCUUAGUAUUCUGACUUUAUAGUUGUAAGUUCAGCCACUAGGUCGGAAGAAGUGGUUCAAGUGGGAGCCGUCUGCAAGAAAAUCAAGGGAUGAGGCUCGUACUCCACAUUCAACCUGAGAAGAUUCUCUCCAAUAGUUACACGGCAUUCUUGCCUGCGUCUCUUUCUUGUUCCAGCAUUUGAAUUCGUAUUCAGUCGCCAAUGACAGC